AUGGAUAUCGGUAGCAAUGUCGCAACAACAGUUAUCCCCUGCCUGGCAUGUAAAGCAUGGGAAGAACUUCGGUACCUGCGUAAAUACAAGAGUUAUGUUCGAGACUUCAGAAAUGAACAAGGAAAGUUGUCAGCUGAAAUGAAAAGAGUAAAGCUGAAGAUAGAUGAAGCCAGCAAAAGAAAUGAGACUCUAGUUGAUCCUAGAGUUGAAGACUGGCUUAAAAGAGCCAAUCAACUUUUACAACAAGACACUAAACCAACUAAAUGCUUUGGCUUGUGUGUGAAUUGCUGCUGGCAAACUGCACGAGCAAAGGAGCUGGAAAGUUUGAUCAAAGAGGUAAUUCCAAAAUUGAUCACUGAAGUUCAAGAAUUUGAUGCAUUUGCACAUGCAGUUGGAGUGCCAGGCAUGGAGUUCCAUUCACAAAAGUUCGUGUCCUUUAAGAGUAGAGAGGCGAAAUUUGAGGAACUCAAGAAGGAAUUAGAAGGUGACAAUAACUAUAUGAUAGGAUUGCACGGGUUUGGAGGAACGGGGAAAUCCACAAUGGCAAUAGAAGUCGGGAAACAAGUUGAAAACACAAAUUCCUUUGAUAGAGUCAUCUUCAUUAGCGUGUCUACCCCUGUGGACAAGAAAAGGAUUCAAGAUGACAUUGCAAAGAAAUUGGAAUUGCAGUUAGAAGAAGAGAAGCUAUUGACCCACGCGGAACAAAUAUGGAACAGGAUUGCUUAUGCAGGAAAGGUGCUCAUAAUACUUGAUGAUGUCUGGGAAAAGCUUGAUCUUAAGAAUUUGGGGAUUCAGCCAGGCUUCCAUAGAAAGGAUCGUUGCACUGUUUUGCUAACCACACGUUAUGUGAAUGUUUGUACUGACAUGGAAUGCCAAAAGAGGAUUAAACUAGAGGAGUUAGAUGAGAACGAUGCAUUGAAUCUUUUCCUCUAUCAUGUUGGUCAGGAUUGCUGUGAUGAUUUGAAGAAGGUGGUAGUGGAUAUUGUGAACGAGUGUGGAAGAUUACCAGUUAUAGUUGUCGCAAUGGCAAAGUCCUUAAAAGACUGGCCUAAAAAAGAUUGGCACCAUGCUUUGAUAGCAUUGAGAAGUGCGAAUGAACCCUCAAGUCAUGGGAUUGUUGAUGAAAAUAUGACGAAGUUUUAUAAUUCUUUGAAGUUAAGCUAUAAUUAUCUGAAAGAUGAACAAGCCCAAGUUCUCUUCCUGCUGUGCUCUGUAUUCCCAAAAGCUUAUGAAAUACCCAUAGAGCUUUUAAGCAGGAUUGCUAUAGGAUUAGGGCUGUUUGGAGAAGCUGAAUAUGACGCAACAAGAAGUCAAGUGUGUGUGAAGAAAAACAAGCUCAUAAAUUCCUCUUUAUUGUUGCAGGCUGGUGAAGAAUGUGUAAAGAUGCAUGAUUUGAUUCGUGAAGUGGCCAUGGAGAUAGCAAAUGAAGAGAUUCAAGUGAUCAUGAAAUCUAAUAUGAAUUUGAAGGAGAAUAUGAAAUAUUCAUCUUGGAUCACAAAUGGCUUUCCCAAUUGUUUUAAUGGUAGCAAACUUAAGGUUCUCUUAGUAUGGAUAAAUGCAAAUGGUUCUUUAGAAGUUCCAAAUACAGUCUUUGCAGGGAUGAAGAGUCUUAGAGUUCUGCUUUUGCAUUCAAAAAUUGAGUUUGGCAGAACUUUAGCCCUCUCGCUACCCAAAUCAAUUCAAUCAUUGAAAGAUAUUCGAACACUGUGUCUAACAAAUUGGGAGUUAGGUGAUAUAUCUAUGUUGAUAAGAAACUUAAAAGAUCUUGAGUCUAUAGAAUUGACCAAUUGUUCAAUUCUUGAUUUGCCAAAUGGAAUUAGUGAGCUAGGCAAAUUGAGAUUUCUAUGCUUGAUGCGUUGCUUGCUUGAAAAGAACAAUCCAUUUGAAGUGAUUGCAAGUUGCUCAAAACUGGAAGAGUUGUAUUAUAUCUCGAAUGAUGAUCAUAUGCCUAUCGACACACAGGUUCCUCAAAUAAAUAUACCCCUUCCUCAAUAUCAAAUAUAUCAUAUAGAUGGUAGUGGGUUCUCUGCAUUUGAUUCUUGUCAGUUGGACGCUUCAAUAAAAACGAGUUUCAAGCCAGCCAAGUUACAAAGGAUGUUCUCCAAAGAAAUAACUAAAUCCUUGGCAGCAAGAGCAGAGAUUUUGCAGUUAGAAGGAGAUGAUGAAUCUAGCUGGGGCAAUCUUAUUCCUGAUAUUGUUUCAAUUGAAGAUGAAGCUACGAGAGACUUAAUCAAGCUUUCAUUGAAGAAAUGGUCAAAGAUGAACUGUUUGAUACAUACUAAACUUCUUCAACUUACACCUGGUAUGGCUAUCUUCAGGAAGUUAGCUGAACUGCAACUUGUUGGAGUGGCUGUGAGAGAAAUAUGUAGUGGUCCUUAUCCUGAUGGCUUUCUCAAGCAACUUGAGAAGUUAGAGUUAAGGGAUUGUGAAAAGUUGGAAAGCACAUUAUUUAAAGGCAAGCUAGAGCUAGGUAAUCUUAAGUCCAUAGAAGUAAAGGAUUGUUCAAUGUCGUGCCUUUUUCAUCCAUCCACUGCCCAAAGUCUAAGAAAGCUAGAAACUUUGAAGAUUGCUAGAUGUUCUAAUCUGAAAUACAUAAUAGGGGAUGAGGGAUCAUCAGGAAAGAUUGUCAUCUCCCACAAAAAUCAGAAGCAAAUACAACUGAAGGGUCAAAGGCAAAAGACAAGAGUCCAGGUCGCAAUGUCUCUUGUGGUUCUUUAUGUUGUUUUAUGCCAAAAUCAAAAGCUACAAAUGAAGAUGAGUCAUCCACUUCCAAGGCAACUCAGCCGGACCAUACUAGCCCACAGGCAGGAUACAUAUGUUGGCAAUAGGGCAAAUGGAAUUUUUACGCCACCGUUGUACCCGGGCAACUUGAGAGAGAUGAAAAUCAACAGAAUUUCAAACUUACGGUCACUAUUUUCUGUGUCCAUUGCCUCAUCAAUGUUACUGUUAGAAAAAUUGGAAGUCUCUGACUGUGAUGAGCUAGAGCAUAUAGUAAUGGAGGAGGUAGAUGGUCAUCAUCAUCAUAUGAGUUCCAACUCUAUCUUUCCCAACUUGCGCACCAUUGAAAUCAUCGAAUGCCACAAAUUGGAAUAUGUAUUUCCAGUUUCUUGUUCUACAAACCUUGUGCUCUUGGAAUCUGUGCAUAUCUGGAGGGCUAGAGAGUUGAAAUAUGUGUUUGGAAAAACUCGUGGUGAUGAUAAGUCACGUCAACAAAAUCAGAAUACUACGAUUCAUCUCCCAGCUCUCAACAAAGUGAGCCUUAGAGAAGUACCAAACAUGGCUUUGUGUCCUGAGAACUAUGAUGUGGAAGCAUCAUCUCUAGAAGGCAUCACUUUGCAUGAAUGUCCGCAACUUCCUAUAAAUUCUUUUAUAGAUGUAUCAGUGGAGGGACAUGAAGGACAAGAACAGGCCUCAAGGAAAAAGGUAAUUGGGAUGCACUUGUGCAAUUUGAGACAUCUUUCGUUGGGAUACUUAGACAUGGAAACAAUUUAUGAUCUAGAAAGACUUCAAAUUGCAUGUCCUGUGAAUUCAAGCUUGAAAACCCUGAUUUUGGAAAACUUGGAUGGGUUAAGAAACAUAUGUGUGGGACCAAAAAAUCAUCUGAGCUUUCAAUAUCUUUUCAAGCUAUAUAUCUACAGGUGCGAUAAGCUGAAAUUCAUUUUACCUACGUCUAUCUCGAGAAGCCUGCCAUGUUUGAGACAUCUAGGGGUAUUCCGUUGUGGGGAGCUAGAGGGCAUCAUUGAAGAUGACGACGAUGAAGAAUGUUUUUUCCCAAAUCUCCAUAGGAUUUAUACACAAAACUGCGAGAGGCUGAAAUGCCUAUUCUCUAUCUCCACACGUGGUAGCUUUCCACAGCUCUCGAUAUUGGCUAUAUCAAAUUCCCCAGAGCUUGAGCAAGUAUUUCGAGGGAAGCAGGGCGCAACCCGAGAGUUGCACAUCAAGGCUGUGUUCCCAAAGCUAUUUGCGAUAAUGCUUAGAGGUCUACCAAAACUUCAUACCAUCUGCCCUGCAAUUGAUUUCCAGACCGUGAUAUUCCGUCGAGUAGAAGAUUGUCCCAGGCUCUCUUUAACUUCAACUGAGAAUUUUGAGUUCAUUGAUAGAUAUGCGGAUUGGUUAGAGGAAUCUGAGCGUAAAAAGGGCAGCAUGGAUGACGAUGAUCAUUAUGAACGGUUUUUUAAUAGGGUAAGAGAAGUAGCAGAGAAGGUUAUAAGGAGAGAUCGACCAGCAGCACAACAAAACAAUGGUUCGUCAAAUAUUAAGGAAAUAACCGGGGCAAGUGUUGAAGACCGUCCAAAACCAGAGGAGGCUGCAGAAGCUAAUGAAGUGAAGGAUUCAGAGCAAGCCAGCAACAAACCUGCUCCUCCACAAGAAACAUUAAAGUCAACAUCUCAAGGAGGUUUUAAAUUAGAUGAAGCUCCCAGAACAAAUGAAAUCAUGAGUCCAGAAUCAAGCAAGCCAUCACCAAUAGCAUUUGUUGUUCCUUCAGAAAAUGAGAAUCCACAGGACAUUAAGAAUCGCAUUUUGGGUGAGAACAAGAGAAUCACACAUGAUGCACUAUAA